AUGCCCAGGCAAUGUAAACAUAUAAAUGCUAUUCUGGGCGUUAAAGAAAAUAAGAGUAGAAGUAUGGAAGAAAAAGAAGAGGCCUGUUUCCCCGAUCGAGACCAGGAGACUUGCAAAGUGACUGAAUCCAAAAUCACAGUGGCAUCUGAGAAGGAGAAUUUUAGUGACAGGAAUCAAGUGCCAUUGCAAAGACCCACGCUGAAAUACACUAAAGACCUGGAGAAAGAAUCGUACCACAACUGCAAGGAUAUUGUUAACUCUCAGCUCACAGAAUGCUUUUUUGACACGCUAAAUAGAGAUACGUUUGGUGAAUCUAUCUUGCCUUUGAGCAAUAAGGACAAUUUUUCAAAAAGUAGACCCGUGUCUUUGGGGAAUGAAAGGUCCUUGGUACCUAAUAGAGAUAAAGCAGAAGAAAAAUCUGAUUGUGGAAAAUCAGAGCAACUGAAAAGAAAGCCUGUUGAUUUUGCAACUGUAACAAUUGCUGAAUUUGGGAUUACUCCAGAAUCAUUUACUAAACAAUCUGUAGGUAAGUCUCCAAGUUUGUCCAAGUUUAGACGAAGAUCAACAAUCGGCGUUCGAGGGUCCCCAGAAAACAACUCACUUAUUCGGUACCUCGCCCAACAGAGAGCGAGUAGGCAGAAAGAACUCUCUGCACAGACUAGUCCUUUUAACUAUCAAAAUGCUGGAUCGUUCAAGGACAAAAUAUGUGCUUUUCAAACGUCUUUUAAAUCAGUGCAAGAGGAUGAAGGGGAGAUUGGCCCGUCACAGGUGACUGAUGCUUUCCAGGAAGCAAACUAUUAUUUCAGUCCUGACUAUGUCACUAAAGAAGACAGAAAUAAUGCUACAUCAGAUCUAACCAGAAAGAAAGUUAGUUUUGCAGAAGAACUGAGCUUACAAACAUAUGAUGAAACCAAGGUGCCUGUCACACCGCUGCAGAGAGGAAAUAUUUUAUCGCAGGAACAUACACAGAGCGGGUCCCGUAUUCGAUCUGUAUUGAAAAGAACACCAGUAAAGCAAGUAAUGGAUGGCAGCGUGAAGGUGUAUUUUAAGUUCACUAAGCAGUCAAUAUAUGCUCUUAAAAUAGAGAAAACUGAACAACAUGGCUCAGAAAAGCAAAAGAAGAAAAGAGUUACUUUUGGAGAAGAUUUAAGUCCAGAAAUAUUUGACAGAACUUUGCCUGCGAGCACUCCAUUGCACAAAGGAGCAACACCAGUCCGUCAUCCAGGAUCGCAAAGCAACAGUCCAUUUACAGGGUCAAGUCUGACUGAAGAACCAUUAUCCCAGCCAAACUUUGACUGCAGCGAUGAAAGUUUGCUUAAGGGCACUGAGCCUCUUCAGGAGUUAAUGGAGGAUUAUGUUGCUCCCGAAGGCUUUUUAUCUGCUGAAAAUAAGGAAGAAACUGACAGAUCUUCUAAGAGAGUAAUUCGGUCCUGUACUAAAAGGAAGUAUGGCACCAUCUCUGAAGAGACAGAUUCUAGCAUCUCAAAAGCAACAAGUGCUAAGAAUACUAGCAGUGCUAAAAAUCCAAGAAAGAGCAAAUUUCAAAGACAAAAGAGCAGAACUAUAUCUGAUGCUGAGAAGGCACCAAGAGUAAAACGUACAAGCUAUGGAAAAAGAAGAAGAAAGAAAAAGGUAAAAAAAUCUUUGUAUGGGGAGAGAGAAAUGGCUUCCAAGAAACCUCUCCUGAGCCCAAUCCCUGAAAUUCCAGAAGUCUUCUCUUCUGCCUCAUCUCCAAACACACCAAAACAAAUGCAAGACAAUCACAAGACAAAUGUAGUUUUUCCAGGUAAUGGGUUGCUUAAUGAUUUCAAAUCUAGCAAUACUUAUGAGGAUGUUCAACAGAAAAAAGUGGUUGAAAGAAUGAAAGGGAAAAAUAUUGAUAUAAUUCAUACAUGCCCAAGCUCUAAGGAGCUGGACACUGUGGAAGCCAGCAGCUCCCAAGACGCACUGUUUGAGGCUGCAGGUGAUUCAAAGUCUGCUUCAAGCUUUGAUUACCAGUUUUCAAAUACAGUUGUGCCUGAAGCAAAGUGUAUAUUUGAUACACCUGAGCAAGGUCAAGAGUCUGCAUGUAUAGAAGAAGAAAAAGAAGAAAAAAACAAUUCCUUGACAGAAAACAAGAAAUUACAAGGAAACUUUCUAAACAAGGCAGAGCCACUAACAAGACUAGAAUUCCUGGAACUUCAGGACACUGGUGUACAUAAGGAUGCCCAAAGAAUGGAGUGUUCACCAAAAGACUGUUCAAGAGGUAAACCACCAAGAAAAGAAAGAAAUAGUCCUGUCUGUACUUCUUAUAUUAAAAACCUAGAUUUUGGAGCAAGUGGAAACAAUUUUUCAAUUUCUUCUUUUAAUGUGGAAGAAGUCCUGUCUGCUGCUCACCUAAAAAAUGAUUCCUUAGAAGAGUCUUUUAGAAUGAGUAAUGCUAGUGAUGGGAAAAGGAGGGUGAGACGCAGCAUGCGAUUACAUAAAGAUGCAGAAACUGAAGGACUUGCGUGGAUUCAGGCACCUGAUGAGAUCCAAAUGAAGCCUCAACUGUUAGCUUCCUGCUGCAAAAUUAGGAGAAGAGCAACCCUAUCUGUUCUUAAAGUAUCUGAGAAUGUUCACGGUAGAGAAGAAAACCUCACUGAAUUUUCAGCACAAGGAAAGGAAAACAAUAAUUCUGUGCAUCUUGCUGAUGGUUCUUGCAAAAGGCAGAGGAGGAGAAGCUUGAGAAUAUUCACACCUCAAGAAACAAGAAAUGAGGCUCAACUCCAGAAAAGAAGCAUAGCAGAUUUGGGAAACAAGAAGGAUAGAAGUAACCGAAAACCUUAUGAUGAAGUAGAAAUAUCUCUUGAAAAUUAG